AUGCGUGCGGGUCGCUUCAUAACGCUGCUAUCCCUCUCAUCAAUAUCCCUCCUGGGAGUCGUUUCAGCCAAGUCAGGAUUCGGUGAAGCAUGCGACCAGAGUAAUACUCAUCUAGACGCGAACACCUACAAUCUGAUCACCGAUUGUGAUUCCACUACGUACUGCGCGUCGAAUGGGACUUGCGCUUAUAAAGGAUGUAGGAAGGAUAUUUACCCCUUCGGAUACUCUGAUUAUGCUUUCGACCAAUUACCUCCCCUGUGUCCUCAAGGUCAAUUCUGUCCCGACGAAGGCGACCAAUGUAUGGAUCAAGUCCCAGUCGGAGGAUCAUGUCAGAAGGACCGAGAUAACGAAUGCGCUUUGGCGGAUAAUUAUAAAGAUCUAGCUGGAUUCUUAAAUACAAACGGAUCGAUCUGUCUGAACUUUACCUGCUAUUACGCGAAUGUCACACUGGGCCAAACUUGUGUAACCGAUAAUACAGCCUACACAGCGUAUUUAGAUAGUGGUGCAGCCUAUGCUUUCAUCGUAUCGAGAGACAACUGCGCCAAUGGUAUGUACUGUGAUGGAACGGCUCUACAAUGUAUGAAAACGAAAAGACAGGGCGAAGCUUGCAGUGGUAACAAGGAGUGUUCGACGUAUAAUUGCGGCGACGAUGGUAAAUGUGGUAAAGCGGCUGAUGAUCCCAUCCACCCGGGAGCUUGGCAAUAUGUCCUGGUUGGAUUGGGUAUAGUGAUAUUGAUCGGUGGUGUUAUGACUGGUCUUUGGUUCGCUCACCGACGAUCGAGAAACGAGAAUCAAAUCAAGUUGGAGCAAUACUACAACGAGCAGAUCGCAUACAGACAAUCGAUCAUGUCGAUGUCUCACGCGAAAAAUUCGUUAUUGUCCUUACCUCCCAACACUUCGCCUGACAUAGCUCGAUCAUCGUUAUAUCGAGACGAUUCCGGCUGGACUUCAGCCACCAAUGACGAACUCUUACCGCCUAACGUUCGACGGGAUUCCACAUCCGGUUGGUCAGAUGGUGAUGGACCGACCAGAGAGAGGAUCGAGCGUGUCGAUAGUGAUGCGCUGUUGAUGCAUCCUCACGCUCACGCUAGUAAUAGGGAAAGUAGGUAUAUGGACGCUCCUGAACCUAGAGGUGGAUAUAGGGAGUAG